AUGGACGACGAUCACGAACAGUUGGUCGAGGAACUGGAGGCCGUCGAAGCCAUCUACCCUGACCUGCUCUCCAGGAAGCAAGAGGACGGCAGCAUCAUCGUCGUCAAAGUCCCGCAGCAUGAGUACAUGACACUGCAGAUCUCCUUCCCAGCGCGCUACCCGUCUGCAGAGCCCCCCAACGUUAUCGAGGUCAGCGUCUGCACUUCGUUGGCGAAGCGCGACCUUUACGACACCAAGUACCUGCAGCAUCUGUUCCAGGAAGUCAUGGAUUCUGUGUUCCAUCGCGGGUCCGUGUGUGUGUUCGACUUCCUCUCGGAACUGGACGGUGUCUUGUACGUCGAGCCAGAACAGGAAACGGAACCGGUGCAGCAGAGCGACAUCCCCACGGACCCCUUCGAGGGCUGGACGGCCUCGGACCCCAUCACCGAUAGAGGGUCGACUUUCAUGGCCUUUGCGGCGCAUGCGGCCUCUGAGGAACAAGCGUUUGCCAUGCUAGACCUGCUCAAGACUGACUCCAAGAUGCGCAAGGCCAACCACGUCAUGAGUGCGUGGCGCAUCAAGCAGGAUGGCUCCGCAGCCACGUACCAGGACUCCGAUGACGACGGCGAAACUGCCGCAGGCUCCAGAAUGCUCCAUCUCAUCACCAUCAUGGACGUGUGGAACGUCAUCGUCGUGGUGGCCCGUUGGUUCGGCGGUGCCCACAUCGGGCCCGACCGUUUCAAGCACAUCAACUCCACGGCAAGAGAGGCUGUUGUCAGGGCUGGCUUCGAGAAAUAG